GGGAAGAAGGAAAUUGCUUUAAAGAAAUGUCGCUGUAGCUUGUAGUUACAGUCUCUCCGCUGAAACACAACGAGCCUCUACCACUCUCUUUAAGUUUAGACAUUAAAUCCUGGUAUUGUUUGCCUGUUUGGUAGACAGCACUAAAUAGAGAGCACACAUUACAGUCCCUGAUCAGACUGACAGGAUGAGCACCCUUCCCCUCUCUCGAUCUGAAGUGUUUGGGCAACUGAGAAAAGAACUACAUGAUGAUGUGGAAUUUCACCAGUCUGACGCCCAUAUCUUCAUCAUCAUGGGUGCCUCGGGGGAUCUGGCCAAAAAGAAAAUAUACCCAACAUUAUGGUGGUUGUUCAGAGAUGGUCUUCUCCCUGAAGAGACCUAUUUCGUUGGCUUUGCUCGUUCUGACCUGACCGUGGAUUCCAUCCGCUCGGCCUGCAUGCCCUACAUGAAGGUGGUUGACUCUGAAGCAGAACGCCUCUCUGCGUUCUUCAGUCGGAACUCGUACAUCAGUGGGAAGUAUGUGGACGAAUCCUCUUUCGCUAACCUGCACACCCACCUGCAGUCCCUACUGGGAGGAGCUGAAGCCAACCGCCUUUUUUACCUGGCCCUGCCACCCAGCGUUUACCAUGAUGUCACCAAGAACAUCAAACAUCACUGCAUGAGUACCAAAGGCUGGAACAGAAUAAUCGUGGAGAAGCCGUUUGGACGUGACCUGCAGAGUUCAGAGGAGUUAACCAGUCACCUCUCUGCUCUCUUCACUGAAGACCAGAUUUACCGCAUAGAUCACUACCUAGGCAAAGAGAUGGUCCAGAACCUUAUGGUUCUCAGGUUUGGAAACAGGAUAUUUGGGCCCAUAUGGAACCGGGACAGUGUGGCCUGUGUAGUUCUGACCUUCAAAGAGCCAUUUGGCACCCAGGGCCGAGGCGGAUAUUUUGAUGACUUUGGGAUCAUUCGUGAUGUGAUGCAGAACCACCUGCUGCAGAUGCUCUCUCUAGUUGCCAUGGAGAAGCCUGCUUCCACCAGCUCUGAUGAUGUUAGAGAUGAGAAGGUGAAGGUGUUGAAGUGCAUUGAGCCGGUCUCUCUCUCAGAUGUGGUGUUGGGUCAGUAUGUGGGAGAUCCAGAAGGAGAGGGUGAUGCAAAACUGGGUUACCUAGAUGACCCGACUGUCCCUAAAGGCUCCACUCAGGCCACAUUCGCCACAGUUGUGCUUUAUGUAAAGAAUGAACGCUGGGAUGGUGUUCCCUUCAUUCUUAGGUGUGGCAAGGCUCUGAAUGAGAGGAAGGCAGAGGUGCGGUUGCAGUUUACUGAUGUUCCUGGAGACAUCUUCGACUCUCAUUGCAGACGGAACGAGCUGGUGGUGCGUGUGCAGCCUAAUGAGGCCAUCUAUGCUAAGAUGAUGAGCAAAAAACCUGGAGUCUAUUUCAGCCCUGAAGAGACAGAGCUGGAUCUGACCUACCACAGCAGAUACAAGGAUGUUAAGCUGCCGGAUGCCUAUGAACGCCUGAUUUUAGACGUAUUCUGUGGCAGUCAGAUGCAUUUUGUCCGCAGUGAUGAACUGAGGGAAGCCUGGAGAAUCUUCACUCCUCUUCUUCAUCAGAUAGAGAGGGAGAAGACACCACCCAUCCCAUACAAAUAUGGAAGCCGUGGUCCUCCAGAGGCAGAUGAGUUGGUGCAGAGGGUGGGUUUCCGGUACGAGGGAACAUACAAAUGGGUGAAUCCACACAAACUGUGAAAGAGAAGCUGAAGCCUGUUUAAAAAAAAAAAAAAAAAAAAUCAGACCAGGUUGAGUGCCUGAAAUAAGAGGGAGAAAAAUAUGGCUCAGGCACUUUAAAAUGUAUUUGAGAAAACACUCUGUGUAAGCACUGCAUUUAAAACUGGACCAAGAAACAAAAUAAGCAAGUUACUAGUUUAUUAUUUUCAAGUUAUGCUUUUAGAUUUACAGUAGAGUUAUAACCAGCUCAUUAUGACAUAUAGUUCUUAUAGACAUAUAGAUAUUCUCUGACUUAUUCAAUGUGUAUGUCAUUGAGCUAAACAACAUUCUGAUGUAAAGAGACUUUAUACUGUGUUGUCAUUUCCUCUGUUCAAAUUGUAUUCUUAAUUCCUUAAUAUCAAAGCUUCUAUUGUGCAUUUCACUUUCCACAGGUCUUAAAUUGAAUAUGCUGCUCUUUAUGAUUUCACAAGUGUUUUAUGUGCAGGGGGGCAAUUUAAAUGACAAAUCUACCCCUGCUAUGAUAAUUGUAUAGUUCAUUCAUGCAGCUUUUUCCACUGCUUAUAAUACAUGUGUCAUUAGAAUAGUAUUACAGCACUGUCAAGGUUAACAAUUCCAACAUGAACUAUUGAUUCCAUAUUUAACACACAAAGGGAUGUAAGUGUAUAUAUACCAUUUAUUGGAUCAAUGAAAUUGCACUAUGUCUUAAUGUGCCCAUUGUUAGACUGAAUGAACAUUUAUUGAAGCAGAUAUUACAUGCUACAUCCCUCCGUAAAUACUUUUACAGCAUUCUAUAACAGUAAAAAAAGUGUAAAAUCUUUAUCAGAUCUCUCAGACCUGGUUUCUUUCUGCUUGCUAUUUUUUCUGUCAAGUCAGACAUUAUACCAAUGACAAUAAAUACAGCUUGUUUUUGUUAUGUUUGCCUGUGUAAAGAGGAUUGAUUUGAGAGCUGCGUCUCUGAAUGAAGGUUCUGGCAAAACUGAAUUUUAGUGAUGUAUUUAUCAGCAGAUUUGGGAAAAGUCUUAAUUUUUUUUCUUUUUUUGUGACGCAACUGUGAGCUAUUUAACUUUUUCUGAAAAUGUUAUGCCCUUUGUUUUCUAUUUCAUUAUAAUGGAUAACUGCUUUUACAAUAAAGCACAGUUAAGAUGC